AUGGCCUCUGGUAAAAUGGAAAUUAGAUCUGACGAUUCGACAGGGUUCACACGUUUUAAUAAGAACAAAGAAGCAUGGCUCCCUCUACCAUGGCAAAAAAAAGGUUCAAUUUCCAGAAAUACUCGAGUACCAAAAGGCAUUCAUUUUAUGAAGACUACCGUGCAAGGUAUAGUGCAUCAUCUCCGAACAAGCUCUACUCCGUACAGUGCAUUUAAGCAAAAGAACAGUCACGCGAUUGGUAUUUCAUCGUUAUGCAAUGUGUACAAGAUUUUUCCGGAUCCUCUCCCGCUCAGGGGCAAGAGCAGAGUGAGGUCCCCUAGUCGUUUCUGGGAUGUUUUGGACAUUUCAGAACUAGGAGGCGCGUACGUAUCUACUAUCGAGUAUCGAGGUAUCGAGUAUCAAGACGCUGCUCAAGGCUCAAUACGGGGUAAAUGA